AUGACAGCGCCAGAGGCCAUUGUGCACUUGGCAACGCGUGGCUUCCUGAGUGCAUUUAUUGUGGUGAUGCGGGUAGCUAUCGCUGGGGCGGUGGUGUGCGGCAGCGGCGUGGCAGGGCUGGCCGCGGCCAGGGUCUUGGCAGACCACUUUGACGAGGUCAUCCUGCUGGAGCGUGACGGCCAGCUCAUUGAUGACGUCACCGGCAACGACGCGGCCGCGGCGGCGCAGGCGCCGGGGCUCGCGGACGUGUCUGAGGCCGUCGCCGCGCGGCGUCGCGGCGUACCGCAGUUCUCCCAGCCCCACGUGAUGCUGACCCGCGGGCUGCAGGAGCUGGAGGUGCUCUUCCCUGGCCUGCGCGGCGAGCUGCUUGCUGCGGGUGCGGUGGGUGUGCCGAGCCCGCAGUCGUGGGACCUCUACGACGGCCGCGUGGGCGGGAAGUUCGAGCACACCUACAGCGUGUUUGAGGUGCGCUGA